AUGGCGCACAGCUAUGAUGUCGGCACGAAAGCGUGGCAGCCGGAUGCCACAGAGGGAUGGGUGGCUUCCGAGGUGACCUCGAAGGUUGCGAAUGGGGACAAAAUUACACUGGUUUUCACACUGGCAAACGGCGAGACGAAAUCGAUAGAGACUACAGAAGAAGCUCUAGCAGACUCAAACAACUCGAAACUCCCACCAUUGAUGAAUCCUACGAUGCUUGAAGCCAGCGAUGAUCUGACGAAUCUUUCACAUCUCAAUGAACCUGCAGUGCUCCAAGCCAUUCGACUCCGAUACUCCCAGAAGGAAAUCUACACCUACAGUGGAAUCGUACUAAUAGCCACAAAUCCCUUUGCACGAGUGGAUUCCUUAUAUGUCCCUGGCAUGGUACAGGUUUAUGCAGGAAAACAGAGAGCAACGCAAGCGCCCCAUCUGUUUGCUAUUGCUGAGGAAGCCUUUGCUGAUAUGCUGCGAAGCGGGAAGAACCAGACAGUCGUAGUUUCAGGAGAAUCCGGAGCUGGGAAGACUGUCAGUGCCAAAUAUAUAAUGCGGUAUUUUGCUACCAGAGAAUCUCCAGACCAGCCUGGGACAAGGAGACGAGGGGCAGAUUCGAUGAGUGAAACGGAAGAACAGAUUCUUGCUACCAACCCGAUCAUGGAAUCAUUUGGUAACGCAAAGACCACUCGAAACGACAACUCCUCUCGAUUUGGAAAAUACAUCGAAAUCAUGUUCGACGAUACAACAAGCAUUAUUGGUGCCAAGAUUCGGACAUACUUGUUGGAACGAUCGAGACUGGUCUUCCAACCGCUAAAGGAACGAAAUUACCACAUUUUCUAUCAGCUCGUUGCUGGAGCAUCAGAUGCUGAACGCCUGGAAUUGGACCUCUUACCGGCGGAGCAGUUCAACUAUCUGAAUCAAGGAAGUUCCCCAACCAUCGAUGGCGUCGAUGACAAGGCCGAAUUUGAAGCUCUGAAGAAGUCGUUGUCAACAAUAGGUGUCACUACCAGUGAACAGUCCGAAAUAUUCAAGCUCCUUGCCGCCUUACUCCACCUUGGUAAUGUCAAUAUUACUGCAUCGAGGACGGAUUCUGUUCUUACACCAACAGAGCCGUCUCUACAAAAAGCCACUGCCAUACUUGGCGUUGAUCCGGUGGAGUUUGCGAAGUGGACGGUGAAGAAGCAACUGAUUACAAGAGGAGAAAAGAUUACAUCGAACUUGACCCAACAGCAGGCUAUUGUUGUUCGUGAUUCCGUCGCCAAAUUCGUCUAUUCAAGUCUCUUCGAUUGGUUGGUAGAAAAUAUCAAUCAUGCCUUAGCUACGGAGGAGGUUCUCAGCAGGGUCAAGUCUUUCAUCGGUGUCCUGGAUAUCUACGGCUUCGAACAUUUCGCCAAGAAUUCAUUCGAACAAUUUUGUAUUAACUAUGCCAACGAGAAAUUGCAACAAGAGUUCAACGCCCACGUCUUCAAGCUGGAACAAGAAGAGUAUCUGAAAGAGCAGAUCGAUUGGACUUUCAUCGAUUUCUCGGACAAUCAGCCAUGUAUCGAUCUGAUUGAAGGAAAACUUGGUAUUCUGUCCCUCUUGGAUGAAGAAUCUAGGCUUCCAAUGGGUUCAGAUGAGCAAUUUGUCACCAAGCUCCACCACAACUACGCUGCAGAUAAGAACAAAUUUUAUAAGAAGCCGCGUUUCGGGAAGUCUGCUUUUACAGUUUGCCAUUACGCUAUCGAUGUUACCUACGAAUCGGAUGGUUUCAUCGACAAGAACCGUGACACUGUGCCUGAUGAACACAUGGCCGUGUUGAGAGCAUCCUCGAACAAAUUUCUGGGACAAGUGCUGGACGCAGCAUCAGCAGUCAGAGAAAAGGACACUGCUUCUGCCGCAUCCGCAGCAGUGAAACCCGCAGCUGGCCGAAGAAUUGGUGUUGCUGUGAAUCGAAAGCCCACUCUCGGGGGCAUUUUCAAAUCCUCACUGAUCGAGCUGAUGCACACGAUAAACAAUACAGACGUCCAUUACAUCAGAUGUAUCAAGCCAAACGAGAGCAAGGAAUCAUGGGUCUUCGAGGGACCCAUGGUACUUAGUCAGUUGAGAGCGUGUGGUGUACUGGAAACCGUGAGAAUCAGCUGUGCUGGUUACCCUACCAGGUGGACGUAUGAAGAAUUUGCGCUGAGAUAUUACAUGCUUGUCCCGUCAGCAUCAUGGACAUCGGAGAUCAGAGACAUGGCAAACAAGAUCCUCACAAAAGCGCUUGGUACCAGCAAUGGCCAAGGGCUCGACAAGUACCAACUGGGUUUAACCAAAAUCUUCUUCAGGGCUGGUAUGCUAGCGUUCCUUGAGAACCUUCGCACGAAUCGUCUCAACGAUUGUGCCAUCAUGAUCCAGAAGAAUCUCAAGGCAAAGUAUUAUCGCCGGAAGUACUUGGACGCGAGAAACGCCAUUCUCACCUUUCAAUCGUUCACCAGAGGGCAUCUCGCACGGAAGCGAGCUCAAGAAAUCCGCAAAAUCAAAGCUGCUACCACAAUUCAGAGAGUUUGGCGUGGCCAGAAGCAACGCAAAAGUUUCAACGCCAUCCGCAACAAUGUCAUACAGGCACAAGCAGCAGCGAAGGGUUUCUUGCGAAGGAGAGAGAUCAUGGACACUCGUCUGGGCAAUGCUGCUGUUCUGAUACAACGAGUCUGGCGUUCAAGACGGCAAAUGAAGAGUUGGAGGCAAUACAGGCGCAAGGUUGUGAUCAUCCAAAGUCUGUGGAGAGGCAAGACUGCCCGACGUGGCUACAAGAAGGUCCGAGAAGAGGCGCGCGAUCUCAAGCAGAUUUCUUACAAGUUGGAGAAUAAGGUGGUUGAGCUCACCCAAUCACUGGGAAGCAUGAAGAGAGAGAACAAAACUCUGCUCAGCCAGGUUGAGAACUACGAGAAUCAAAUCAAGUCCUGGAAGAAUAGACACAACGCUCUUGAGACGCGUUCAAAAGAACUCCAGGGCGAGGCUAACCAGGCUGGCAUUGCAGCAGCUCGCUUGGCCGCCAUGGAAGAGGAGAUGAAGACCUUACGCUCGAGUUUCGACGAGUCAACCGCCAAUAUCAAACGCUUGCAAGAAGAAGAAAAGGAGCUUCGCGAAUCCCUCAGGGUGUCUUCGCAAGAGCUCGAGCAGACAAAGCGAAACAGUUCCUUCCAUGAAGCUGAGACCGUCACUCUCCGACAACAACUCGCUGACUUGCAAGACCAGCUCGAGCUUGCGAAACGUGUGGUUCCGGCCAUGCCCACGAAUGGCGAGCUUACCAACGGCGCAGCCGCACAACCCCAGCAAAAUGGUCUCAUCAACUUGGUUUCAUCUAAGAAACCGAAGAGACGCAGUGCAGGUGCUGAACCACGUGAAAUUGAUCGAUUCAGCGCGGCUUUCAAUCCUCGUCCUGUCUCUAUGGCUGUCACAGGCACCAAUUUGCACCGCCCAGGACUCCCAGGCUCUGGGUUCAUUCCGGGUGUUGACAACAUUGAAUUUGAGCUUGAGAACUUACUGGCCGACGAGGAUGGCCUCAAUGACGAGGUCACCAUGGGCUUAAUCCGCAACCUCAAGAUCCCAGCUCCUGGAAGCACUCCACCUCCGACUGACAAGGAAGUUUUGUUCCCAUCAUACUUGAUCAAUCUGGUGACUUCAGAAAUGUGGAACAAUGGGUUCGUCAAGGAGUCGGAGAGAUUCCUCGCAAACGUCAUGCAAUCGAUACAACAAGAAGUCAUGCAGCAUGAGGGCGAAGAAGCUAUCAAUCCAGGUGCCUUCUGGCUCUCGAAUGUUCACGAGAUGCUCUCCUUCGUCUUCCUCGCGGAAGACUGGUACGAGACCCAAAAGACCGACAACUAUGAGUACGAUCGAUUGUUGGAGAUUGUGAAGCACGAUCUCGAGAGCCUGGAGUUUAACAUUUAUCAUACCUGGAUGAAAGUCCUCAAGAAGAAGCUCCAAAAGAUGAUCAUUCCAGCUAUCAUCGAGUCUCAGUCACUGCCGGGUUUCGUAACCAACGAAAGCAAUCGAUUCUUGGGCAAACUUCUCCAAAGCAACUCCGCCCCAGCCUACAGCAUGGACAAUCUGCUGAGCUUGCUCAACAAUGUCUUCAAGGCAAUGAAGGCAUACUAUCUUGAGGACUCCAUAAUCGUUCAGACAAUCACUGAGCUCUUGAGAUUGGUCGGAGUGACUGCAUUCAACGAUCUGCUGAUGCGAAGGAAUUUCCUCUCUUGGAAGCGUGGUCUUCAAAUCAACUAUAACAUUACUCGCAUCGAGGAGUGGUGCAAAAGCCAUGACAUGCCCGAGGGUACACUUCAGCUGGAGCAUCUUAUGCAAGCAACGAAGCUGCUUCAAUUGAAGAAAGCUACACUGAAUGACAUUGAGAUCAUUCAAGAUAUUUGCUGGAUGCUGUCCCCCAACCAGAUCCAGAAGCUACUCAACCAAUACCUUGUCGCCGAUUAUGAACAGCCCAUCAAUGGGGAGAUCAUGAAAGCUGUUGCGUCUCGUGUUACAGAGAAGAGUGAUGUGCUCCUUCUCACCGCAGUGGACAUGGAUGACAGCGGACCCUAUGAGAUUGCCGAGCCCCGUAUCAUCACGGCGUUGGAAACCUACACCCCAUCUUGGCUUCAAACACCACGCUUGAAACGUCUGGCAGAGAUCGUUUCGGCACAAGCCAUCGCUCAGCAGGAGAAACUCGAGUACUCACAGGAAGAUACCAACGAUCUCACAGACAGCGAACUCAAUGGCGCCUAAAUCACCCUGGAAACCCACAUCAUCAUGCAAUCUGCUACCUCAUUCGCU